UCACGAGAGCUAAUAUCUGCAUCAGACAUAGUAUUUUGUCCUUAUAAUUACCUCGUUGAUCCUCUUAUACGUUCUGCUGUGUCAAUUAGCCUAAAAGGAAGCAUAAUAAUUAUGGAUGAGGCUCAUAAUAUCGAAGAUAACGCACGUUCGGCUGCAAGUAGUAGUUUUGAUGUUGUGAAUUUAGAAGAGAGUGGUGUUAAUUUAGAAAAGGUUGGACGAUACUCAAAAUCGGAUGGACAGUCAUAUUUAUAUUUUAGUGACAUUUUUAAAAGUAUGGCCAAUUGGUUAAAAAACCAUUCAAGUAAUUUGACAGAUUAUCAGACCUUUGAAUCUUCCGCUAAAGUAUAUGAAGGUGAUGAUAUGCUUGCUGUAUUAUCUCAUGUAAGAAUUGGACCUGAAACAUUCAAAGAAUUUGAUCAAAAAUUUGAAAGUGUUCUCUUUCUUGAAAAAGAUAAAGAAGCAGCAGAAAUUAUAGAUUUAGACCAGCCCAAAUUGUCUUCAGCUGCAUUAGCUGUUAUGAAAAAAUUAAGGGAAAUUCUUAACUUUUUGUAUAAAGCCAAUAUGGUGUAUGUCCCAGAUUAUCGUCUUGUCGUUUUGAAAACCAGGCGUGUUGGUCAAAGGCUUAGAGGUAAUAGACACUUAGUUGUUCCAGCAAAUGACUUAGAACUGACCUUAAACUUUUGGUGCCUAAAUCCAGGUGUUGCAUUUUCAGACAUUAAGGAUUGUAUCCACUCUUUAAUUGUUGCUUCUGGCACUUUAUCACCCAUGGCGUCCUUUGAGUCAGAACUUGGCACAACUUUCCAUACUACUUUAGAAGCUAAUCAUGUUGUUAAAAAAUCUCAGCUUUGGAUUGGCACUAUUGGUAAAGGGCCAAACAAUGUGUCCCUUAAUGCUACAUUUCAGAAUACUGGAACAUUUACAUUUCAAGAUGAUGUUGGGUCUUUAAUACUGCAAAUAUGUUCCAUUAUACCUCAUGGUGUUUUAUGUUUUUUGCCAUCUUAUAACCUGAUGGACAAAUUAAUUGACAGAUGGGAACAAACUGGCCUAUUGGAAAAAUUAUCAGGAAAGAAAGAAGUAUUAUGCGAACCUCGUAAAAUUCAAUAUUUUCAGACCGUUAUGGACGAAUUCUAUGGUGCUAUAAGUUCUAGCAAAAAUGGCACGGGUAAUGGGGCUUUAUUUUUUGCUGUUUGUCGAGGAAAAGUUAGUGAAGGAUUUGACUUUGCGGAUGAAAAUGCUAGAGCUGUCAUAACUGUUGGAAUCCCAUUUCCCAGUUUUAAAGAUUCUCAAGUUGAUCUAAAGAAAAAAUAUAAUGAUAAAUAUUCAUCUCAGAGGAAUAUUUUAUCUGGUCAAGAAUGGUACGAAAUUCAGGCCUUUAGAGCUAUAAAUCAAGCCCUCGGACGGCGCAUUCGCCAUCGAGACGAUUUUGGUGCUCUCAUAUUAAUUGACGAGCGCUUUCAAAAAUGCAUUCGCUAUCAGAACAGUUUAUCCAAGUGGAUCAGAAAAGAUUUAUUACAUUUUACUUAUAAAGAUGCACUGGAAUCUUUAAACAUGUUUGCUAUUGAUACUGGUUUAAAAGCUUUGGAAUAAAUAAACAGCUAAAUUUCUUAAACAAAUAAUAUCCACACAAAAAAAAGUCAUGAUUUUUGAGAGAAGUUUUCAAUAUCGGUAAUUUUCAGUAAGUUUUUAUUUAAUGACAAAUUAAUGUUUGCAAAGUAAUUUAUAUUUUCUAAUAAUAUUCAAUGACAAUAUUCAAUAUAAGCAUUGAUGAUUUUACACAGGAUACUAAUAACAAAAUUAAUUAUUUUUUUCUUGUGAAUUAUUUUAAAAUAAUUUAUUGGCAAUUUGUUUUAUAUUUUUUAAUGCAAAAUUUGUAUUAGUAAAGUUAAUAAAAUAAUGUUAGGGCAAUUAAUGCAAUCUUUGCCUAUCAUAUUUCAAUCCACUUUUAUGGAGAUGAGAUAUCUUUUAUUUGAUUUCAAGCAAAUGUAUUUGAAAUAACAUACUUUAGUAUAAAUUUUAAUUCAAAAUUUAUUUAAAUGCUAUGUUAAUGACUUGUCAUCAUGUUUUGCAAUUUGUAUAUGCUUACACUUUCUAAAUCUUGCGGCUACAAAAAAAUAAAUAAAAAAAUCACAGAAAAUUGUCAAAUUUAGUUAUUUUUUUCUCAACCUUUUGUUCCAAAGUGAUUCUUAAAGACAUAAUAGAAUGAUUUUUAAAUUUGUAAAUUAGCUGUCGAAUGAUGUUGGUAUUUGUUCUAUUUCACAAAUUAAUGUUGUUAUUUCUUUCAGAAAAUUGAAGGCAACCUUCAUAUUUUGCAUUUUCAUAUUGAUAUCCUCUUAUAUUGGCAACAAAUUUAAUGUU